UCAAAGUGACAAAUAUAAGAAAUGGAAAUAGUUAAAUAAGUAUGUACAGCAGCUGAGCAGCAGGUAAAAACAAAUUGUGUAUCUAAUGGAUCGUUUUGAAUAUGUCGAGUCGCGUUUACAAAACAACGAAGAGUUAAUUUGUCGUGAAAGAAAUGUAAAAAUUUAUGAUGGCGAUGAGAAAACUACUUUUGAACACGGGGAAGUUAGUUUAACAUCACAUCGAAUACUUUGGAGCCGUUCUGGUGAUGUUCCUCGUGGUUCUACUUGCUUAUCGUUAGCUUUAAACUAUGUCAUAUUCAUUGAAGAUGAAGUUCCUGGAAGUUUCAGUUUUAGCCGAUCUCAUAAAAUCAUUUUACAUUUAUCCGAGCCAUUACCAGGAAAACAUCCUGGUCCAUCUGCUAUAAGUACAAACAAUUUUAUUAAACUCUCAUUCAAAGAUGGAUUAAUCAAUGAUUUUACUGCGCUUUUAAAUCGUGCAAUACAAGAAAGAAGAUGGGAAAUUUUACCAGAAGUGGUUGCUAAGCCGGCAAUAAAAACACGAACAGGAAUAGUUGGUAUCGAACGUAGUAUUCAAAAGAAACAGGAAGAAACUGAUAAAAAUAUUUCAAUAGCAUUUCAAGAUUUAAGCAAAUUGAUGACAAUGGCUAAGGAUAUGGUGCAAUUAUCACGAAAUAUAUCAAAUAAGAUUCGUGAACGACAAGGAGAUAUCACAGAAGAUGAAACAAUACGAUUUAAAUCGUAUUUAAUGGGCUUAGGUAUUGAAGAUCCAGUUACACGAGGCGAAUAUAAAAAUGAAGAUCAAUAUCAUAAAAAUUUAGCACGUCAAAUAUCAACAUUUUUAACAGAGCAAGUUAGAGAAGUUGGUGGUAUGAUGGCUCUGGCAGAUGUGUAUUGUCGUGUUAAUCGUGCUCGUGGCUUAGAAUUAUUGUCACCGGAAGAUUUGUUAAAUGCUUGUCGAUUAUUAGAGCCCUUAAAUCAACCGAUACGCUUACAUGAAUUUGAAUCUGGCGUUAAAGUCAUUCAAUUACAAUCAAAUAAUGAUGCUAGUAUUGUCAAGGCUACAUCUGAAGCUCUGGAAAUACAAAGUCUUACAGCAGAAGAAUUAGCACAAUCCUUGGGAAUAUCGGUUUUAUUAGCGAAGCAAAGAUUGUUAAUUACAGAAAAAUAUGGUGAAGCUUGUCGUGAUGAUUCAAUUGAAGGCCUUCGAUUUUAUCCUAAUAAAUUUUUAAAAUUAGAAAAUUGAGAAUUGUUUGUAUUUUGAUGUUCUUAUUAGCCGUUAUUUAAUUAAUGAAAUGAUUAUACUUGAAAUGAAUAUGGUGCCCUGCUGUAGCAGUUCUUAAUUGUUAUAUUUAAUGAAUAAAUUUUUUUGAAUAUUUUAAUUA